GCUGGCCAAAACUGCGCAACAACAAACGCUGCAAAAGCUCGCAUCCAAUCCCCAAUUCCAAUUGAUUUGCGAUUUGCUUGGCCACUUUCGAUUUGCCGUGGAAAUGGAAUCGAAUCGAAUUGGCAGCAGAAACUGACCCGCUGAAGAGACCCGCUGCCCCCCAUUGCUGCACUGCAUCCACAGCACGCCACGGUGAAAUCGCGGGAUCCCCAAGAAUCAGCAGUCAUGUCAACGGAAAGCAACACGCCCGUGGAUCCAAGGGUUCAGGUGGAGCUGGAGAAGCUGAACUCCGCCACGGACAACAUCAACCGCUACGAGGUGGAGCUCGAUGAGGCCAAGUGCGAGUUCAAGCGCCUGCUGGCCGAGAGCGUGGUGCGGAUCAAGGCCGCCGCCCACAAGCUGGGCAACUCCAUCGAUGCCGCCAAGCCCUACUACGAGUCCCGCAUCUAUGCCGCCCAGCUGGCCAAGGAGACGCAGCUGGCGGCCGCCAACCACGAGAAGGCCAAGUCCAUCCAUGCCGCCGCCAAGGAGAUGGUCUACCUGGCCGAGCAGGGCCUGGGCGAGAAGUCGACGCUGGACACCGCCUGCCAGGAGAUGCUCAGCCACGCCGCCAGCAAGGUCAACCAGUCCCAGCUGGAGGUCACCGACACCCGCAACGCCCUCAAGAUGUGCCAGCUGAAGCUGGAGGUGGCCAACAACCGGGUCGGCAAGCUCCAGGGCCAGCUCAAGCAGGCGCUCAGGGCCUCCAGAUUGCAGCUCAAGCGCAAUUUACUUUUGUUGAGAUAUUUUAGCAUUAUGCACGCUUUGUAUUGUACCCUCUGUUCGCCGUACUACGAGACGCGGGCGAACUACAAUGGACUGUUGAAGGCGCAGAAGACGCGGGUCAACGAGCUGGAGGCGAAGGUCAGUGCGGCGAAGCUAACGUACAACGAGGCGCUAAAGAACCUGGAGCAAAUCUCCGAGGACAUCCACCGGCAGCGCCAGCAGCGCAACAACCUGCUCAACUACGAGGCCAUGUUGCGCCAGGUGGACGUGGUGGACACGUUGUCGGCGGGCCAGGAAAGGAGCUCCCCUCAGGGUGCACCCUCGUCGCAACAGGGGUCGGAGUUGGAGGCCGAGGAGGAGGAGGAGGAGGAGGAGUACCUGCGCAUGCCGGAUCGCCUGGGCCACCACGAGUGCCCCCAUCUGCUGACCGACUUCGAGGCGGUGCUCACCUUCCCCCAGAAACUGGCCGGCGGCAUGCACAAGUCGGCCAGCACCGGUGCCGCGGAUGGGGAGGCCGGUCUGGGGCCGCUGGGCCUGCAUGCCCCCUACGAGGUGAAGUCGGGCAGCGGUUCCCUGGCCUCGGGAUCCGCUUCCGUCUCGACAUCGGCCGGCGGAGCGCCGGCGGACAACGAUAUCGAACAGUGGACGGAGAUCCGGCUAUCGCAUUCGGAUAGCACCAGUUCCAGCUACUCGAAUCAGUCGCUCCUCGAGCAGCAGGGCCUGGAGAGUACGGGCGGCAUGGCCGGCGGCCUGGGACUGGGUCUGGGGCGGAACCAUCUGGAUGCGGAUGCCCAGUCGCAGCACUCGACCUCGUCGUCCGAUGAGCCAAAGCGCAAGGUCACCUGCACGACGAUAUUCCAGGAUGACAGCAGUGCCUCCAGUGGAGGAGGCGGCGGAGGAGGAGUUGGUCAGCAAAUGAGCCGGAAGCAGAGCCUCAGCCAAUGGCUGUCCCGCUCGAAUAGCUUCAAGGGCAGCGGGCGGCGGCAGAGCCUGGACCUGCUGAUCGAUGCCGGUGACAAGGUGAAGGAUGUGUUUAGCUACGGGUUCCAGAAGGUGGGACGCAGCCUGGAGCGGCGCAACAGCGAAUCGGAGAUGGGCGGCGAUGGAUGUGGUGGAGCCGAGGGCGAGGCGCUGCUGGGCGGCGCGACGGACUCGUUGGCAGUGUCCGGCGGCGGAGGCAGUGGUGGCUCUUUCGGCGGCGUAGGAGGAGGAGAUGGAAGAGGAGGAGGUGCAUCCUCCGGUGGCGGCGGUGCCGGUGACUUUUUCCUCUUCAGCAGAUCUUCAGAGCCUAAAGAGCUACUGUCCGAUGAGCAGGUUGAGAAUUUACUAUUAAAUCACUUGGUGGAUGAGAACGGUGCCAUUAUAGUGGAAGAACUCAAAUCGCCAACAACAACCACAAGCAUGUAUCACACACACCACCAACAACAACAACAACAACAACAGCAGCAGCAACAACAAAAGCAACACCAUCAGGCACUUAAUGUGGUUGGAGCCUUGCUGUUUUGAACCGACAGCGAGAUACCCUACACUUAGAUAACACCAAAACGCCCUCACUUUCACUCACACUCAAAAAAUGCAGUGAUGGGAAAAGUACAUUUUCAACUUAAUAUUCGUAAUGUUGUUCAAAUCUAUGUUAUGUGAAAUCCAUAUAUGUUGGCAAUUCCAAAAUUUUUAAGGAAUGCGAAAUAUUAGCUUUGUUUUAUAAGUCAAAAGAUGUUUAGAUGUUUUAUAUAGAAAAAAGCAAGCCCUUUAAAUCGAAAAUUCGAAAUUUGUCAUAUUUUUUAGAAACAUCUUUCAUAAAAUUCGAAAGCGUUACGUUUUUCACUUUCGAGUGCAGGCAAAGGCAGAACCCAUCACUGCAACUAUAUUUACUAUGAAUUAUGGCAAAAUUUUACUCUAUGAGUAUUCGGGCAGCGAUCUUAACUCUUGAAUCCAAUUAGUCAAAAACGUAGCGUACAUAUCAUUAAAGACAUCAAUCCAGACGGAUCCGAUCAGCCCGCAGGAAUCUUUUAAAUCCACACCAACGCACUCAGGCACGUGUGGCAAACUAUGUUCUAAUCCUAAAUAAAAUGUGCAAUAAUUUAGUUUACUUAGAGGCAUAUACAUAAAUAAGAAAGUUACAUUUUAUGCUGUUUACAAAAAGCAAAUAACUAAAUGCUAGUCAACAAACGAAAUCAGUUUAAUAGUUUUAGUGUGUAUGAGCUAAACAUUCAGCAAGAAGAUUUACAAAAACCCACAAAAAAAAUACAUACGAUUGUACAAA